AUGCAUUUCCUGGAUAAAGUGGCUGAAGAAGUGAAGGCAGAAAAACGUUUUCUUUUGUACUUGACAAUAUUGACUGGGAAGAAAGGGUACAUGAAAUGCGAUCAGAUAACCAGAACAAGAGUGCAUGCUGUUGCAACUUCUCUGGUAUUUGAUUGUAUUUCAUCAAGCCACUUAGAGGAUGAAGAGCCCCAGCAAUCAUUAGCUGAGACUGACAUAGUCAACCUGGUUGAAUUGGAAGAAACUGAACUUGUUGAGCAAUUCAAUUCUUACAAAAAGAUAGCUGCAGAGAUUUUGUAUGAGCAAAUACCAGCAUUCAGCUUUCUGAAGAACUGUAACAUUGACUUGUCUUCAGAGUAUGAAGCAGAAAUGAAAUCAAAGUCAGUUGUUGUUCCAUUCCCAGUACUCCUAAAGGACGAAAAGAAAUAUUCUGAAAUUGUUGAUGUUAUGGUUCAACUGGAGACUUGGAUCCAUGAGAUUUACAUGAAAGCUGGCAAAAUUCCAGAUAUCAGAAGUGGGAGUGUUGACACCAGCUCCCCUGACCCUGUAACUUCUCCCUCAAUACCAUCUACAGCAGCUUCGAGACCUGAUCAACCACUAUCCCACGUUCAUCCUGCAACUGAUCCUACUGACCUGUUGGCAAAUACCAGAGUUCCCUGCUGGUGA